ACUGUGGUUUCCCCUUGAAGAGUUGGUGGGGUUUAAAUUCGCUCAGGGUUUCCCCAAAAGUGACCAACAAGAGCAUAUGAGCUUUGAUGGGAGCCUCACAGCAUGUAAACCUGCAGUCUUUCUUUUCAUGCUCCAGUGCAGCAAGAUUUCUUACCUGUAAAUAUCAGCCUAACUUCACCUUGUUUUUAACAGGCCACUCUGGCUGCUGUGUUCUGUAUGACUGAUGAAACGUUUAGUCUGCAAAAUGUGGGGAAAUAAUGAAAGAUUAAAAUUUCCCACAAGGUGUCGUCUUCAGAUGGCUUUUUUCCCUUUUUGUGAGUCUAAGAAACAGAAACCAGGGACUGAUUGGAGUGAUGCUCUUCAAAUUCCAGCUGGUUGACUAAUCAAUUAAACAGUUAAUUGGUUUCAGCUCCAGAUUGCUCAUCUCCGAGACCCACAGCGUGAGUCAGUCCACCUGCAGUCUGGCUGAUCUCAUGAAAAUCUUACUGUGCUCUGUGUGACCUCACACCAGGGUUAGCGUAUUCAGUUUCUAGCUAAGAUAUCCCAACGCGGAUUACCUGUUAAUGUCAGGUGUAAAUGGGAUCUAAUUUCUAGCCAAUCAGUAAGCGAGAGUGAAACAGUCAGGGUCGACUUGUUGAGGUCUGCUGUCAUUUCAUUUUGAGCCCUGAAACUGGAUGAGAGGACACGUCUUCGAGACCAGAUCAAGACGUGGGUGGCAUCCAACGAGAUCAAAGACAAAAGGCAGCUAGUAGAGAACCGCAAACUCAUAGAAACGCAAAUGGAGCGGUUCAAAAUAGUGGAACGAGAAACCAAGACGAAAGCGUACUCUAAAGAAGGGUUGGGUCUGGCCCAGAAGGUGGACCCGGCCCAAAAGGAGAAGGAGGAGGUCGGCACGUGGCUAACGAAUACGAUAGACACGCUGAACAUGCAGGUGGACCAGUUUGAGAGCGAAGUGGAGUCGCUUUCAGUCCAGACCAGGAAAAAGAAAGGAGACAAGGAGAAGCAGGACCGGAUCGAGGAGUUGAAGAAGUUCAUCGAGAAGCAUCGGUACCACAUCCGCAUGCUGGAGACCAUACUGAGGAUGCUGGACAACGACUCCGUGCAGGUGGAAGCCAUCCGGAAGAUCAAGGAUGACGUGGAGUAUUAUCUGGACUCGUCGCAGGACCCAGACUUUGAGGAGAAUGAGUUCCUGUACGACGACCUGGACCUGGAAGACAUCCCUCAGACGCUGGUCGCCACCUCCCCACCGGGACACUCGCACUUGGAGGACGAGAUCUUCCAGCACUCCAGCAGCACACCCACCUCCACCACCUCAUCUUCACCCAUCCCCCCAUCGCCUGCCACUUGCACUACGGAGAACUCAGAAGACGACAAGAAGAGGGGACGAUCAACGGACAGCGAAGUCAGUCAGUCGCCCGUGAAGAACGGAAACCCGUCUUCCUCGUUAUCCUCUUCCUCCUCCUCCUCCUCUUCCUCUUCCUCUUCCUCCUCCUCCUCCUCUUCCUCCUCCGUCUCGGGACUGACCUCAUCCUCACUGGUCUCUAUGGCGACCAUCACUGGGGGGGGAAGCGGCGGCUCUGUGAGCAACAGUCAUCACGGCACCUCGGGAGGUCUCCUCUCCAAUACUUCGGCUGGCAGCUACAGCAACGCCACCCAGCAGCAGCCGCACCCGCCCGCACAGCAGCAGCAGGCCAAAAACUCAGUGAGCUCCUCCUCAUUGGCUCCCAACUCCAACUCCAUCACCUCGACCAAUAGCCACCUGCCCUCCUCCACGUCUUCUCCCCCCAACGCCAGCACACAGGGGCUCUUGACUUCAAACACUCAGCCCCAGGUUCUGUCAGGGCCUCCGCCAACCUCCAACAGCCUUGGCCUCAGCCUGGGCCUCUCGCUGGGGAAAGGCGGCAUGUCCAGCUCCAUCACCACCAGCCCGAUGUCCGGGAGCCUGGGCCUGUCAGGGAUGCCGGCACCCCUGGGCACCAUGGCCAGCCUCCUGUCCGGCUCCACCCCAGCACCUUAUGCUCAGGCAGCUGCAUCGGGGACGGUCGGCUCUGGCCUGCCAGGCUCUAUGGGCGGAGUCAUCACCACGACGACCAACAGCGCACUGGGCUCCAUCGGCAGCGGAAGCAUCACGGUCGGCGGGCCGACGUCCUCAGCGGGAGGCCUGCUGGGCUCAUCGCCAGGAGUGACCAGCAUCGGCUCCGGGAUUCUGGGCUUGAGUUCGGUUCAGUCGGGGUUGCAGGGGUCCUCCCUGGUGUCACUCAGUCCAGUAGGAGGUUUAGCGCCGGGCAGCGGAGUGGGAGUCAUCGGGAGCAACGGAGGCAGCUCGGGGUCAGCAGGGAGCGGUGUGGUGGGAGGAAACUCGUCGCUCUCCGUCAGGCCGCCGAGCCAACAGAAGCAGAAUGGUAGCACUAGCGUCACAGGUUACAGUGCCGUGGUAGCAGACAGCACGUCCGACUCCACCCUCAACAGUGCCAGCCAAUCACAAAGCAGCCAACCUUCAUCUUUGACCUCCACAGCCAAUCAGCCUAAGGACACUGGUCCCAGUCUGCUGGGCUCUUUGAGCUUGUCGUCCAGCUCCCCGUCGCCGGCCUUCUACAGCGAGGCCAAAACGGUGAGCGGCGGCGGCCUGCUGAACGGGCCGCUGUCCUACUCGCAGGCCUCCGACGUCAUCAAGCCCCAGGAGCCUCUGAGCAGCCUGAAGUCCAUGGCCGAGCGAGCAGCACUCAGCUCAGGGAUGGAGGGAGACGUGCCCUCCCUGCACCUAACCCCAGACAUCUUCCCCAGCAGCACCACGGCCCCCUCGGGCCCCCCGUCUGCGCCUCAGCCCUCGCUGUCAGAGGUCAGCAUCCCCCCGUCGUUGGGGGUCUGCCCGCUGGGGCCGGUCCCCCUGUCCAAAGACCAGCUCUACCAACAGGCCAUGGAGGAGGCGGCGUGGACGCACAUGCCCCACCCGUCCGACUCGGAGAGGAUCAGGCAGUACCUGAUGAGGAACCCGUGUCCCACCCUGCCUUUCCACCACCAGAUGCCGCCGCCCCACUCCGACACUGUAGAGUUCUACCAGAGGCUUUCCACAGAAACGCUCUUCUUCAUCUUCUACUACCUGGAGGGCACUAAGGCCCAGUAUCUGGCAGCCAAAGCCCUGAAGAAGCAGUCGUGGAGGUUCCACACAAAGUACAUGAUGUGGUUUCAGAGGCACGAAGAACCCAAGACCAUUACUGAUGAGUUCGAGCAGGGAACCUACAUUUACUUUGACUAUGAGAAAUGGGGCCAGCGGAAAAAGGAAGGCUUCACGUUUGAGUACCGGUACCUAGAAGACCGAGACCUCCAGUGACCUGCUGCGAGACACAAGGACAGACAGACGGACGGACAGCCGAGGACGCGAGAGACGGACAGACGGACGGGCAACAAGCAAAAGAAGAAGGGUGGUCCACCUGCUGACAUUCCUGGAUUUGAUCUCAGCUCGUUGGGGUUAAGGAGACGUUUGGGCUUGAGGGGGCCAAGCGGAUUUGAAAAGACGCUUCUGAAAACCCUCCCUCACCCCUUACCCUCCCACCCCCGCC